AUGGAAGGAGUGGUCAGGCAUGAGUCCAUCGAAGAAACAACUGCGGAGAUGGGCGCACCAGAGGCCCCGAAAGAACACAUACGAUACGGGCAACCUCGAUACAAAAACGAUACGGGCCACAUCGGAUGCAGGACUCAAACGUCCGAAGCAGAGCGUUCAGCGUCUCCGUCAGAACUCCAGCAUCAAUCUGAGAUCGACAUGGUGCCUCCGAGCUCUCCCAGGGCAUCCUUUCCGGCAGCUGUUUCUCAAGACGGCUCCGGAGGUUCGGCUGAGAAAGCGGGCUCCCCUCCGCAUCCCCCUGAAGACCCCACCGCUGACCUGGACUGCCUCAUCUGCUGCAACCCGUACAGCCUCAGCAGGCUCCCCAAGCUCCUGGCUUGUCAUCACGUCUUCUGCGCCGUCUGCCUGAAGCUGCUCCUGCAGAACGAGGACCACGCCUGGAGCAUCGUGUGCCCCGUCUGCCGGAAAGCCACCGCUGUCUUCGGGGGCCUCGUCUGCAGCCUUCCCAACCGGGAGGGCCUCUUGGGGUGCGGGACCAACUCUGGGCCCAGUCCGGAGGUGCUUUUCUCUCUGGACACGCCGGGUGGCCUGCAGCGGGUUCCCCGCGUCUUCUACAUCCACCAAGAGGACGACGUCCACAACCAGGUGGCCACCAAGAGGCUGCUCUUCCUCCUGCUGCUUCUGCUGCUGCUGACUAUCUUGGCGCUUCCUUUCGUGUACAGCGGCCUGCUGAAGUGGGCCCUCUGCCUCGCCGUCAUUUUGGGAACGGCCAUGGCCGGCGUCCUCUGCUUCAACCCCACCUGGAGCUGCAGCUGUUCGGACGUCUCAUUCCUCUCCUGGCCCAAGAGAGAGAGUCACAUCACAUCCAUCGCCUGA